UGUUUAGAAGUCUCAAUCGACCCUUAUGAAACUCUUUAAAGCAAUAGAAACAGAAAUAUCUAAUAACGUAGUUUAACCGAUUAAUAUCGAUUACUUUUAUCCUUCCAUAUCUAUAAAUAUUGGCGAAUUACAAAUCUUCAAAAUGGUUGAUGCAGUUCAAAAGGAAUUUGUGCAGACGUUUAUUAAUUUUUUGAAACACCCGAACACUUCUCAAAAUUUGUCUUCAGAUUGUAGAGAAAGUGUUGAUGUUGCAGUUCAAUGUCUUCAAACCGCGUUUGAUAUAUCCGACGAGGUGGCAUUGCAAUCCUCGCUAGCUUCGGAAAACCAAAGUGAACAUGAACGAAAAAGUAGUAUUGAUUUGUUUGAGAUAUUUCAAACUCUAUUUAUUGAUCGGAAUCCAAAAGCAACACAAAUGGCCGAGUCAUUCAAAAAUGAAGGUAAUCGACUCAUGAAAGAAGGAAAAUAUAAUGAAGCUCUUUUGCAGUAUAAUCGUGCCAUAAGCUUUGAUCCAAGGAAUGCCAUUUAUUACUGUAAUCGUGCAGCUGCAUAUAUACGUUUAAAUUAUAAUGAAAAUGCUGUCACAGAUUGUAAGACAGCAUUAUUAUAUAAACCUACAUAUGGCAAAGCUUAUGGAAGGCUUGGUAUAGCUUACUCUAAUCUGAAAAAAUUUUCGGAGUCACAACAAGCUUAUGAAAUGGCAAUUGAAUUGGAACCGGAAAAUCAGGAUUAUCGUAACAAUUUGGAAGUAGCUCGCGACGCCGCUCAAUUACGUGAUUCAAUUCCUCAGAUAUCAGAUAGUAUUAAUUCUAUGCUAUCUUCGCAAGCAAUUCGGAACUUAGUUAAUGAUGCUGAAAUAGACUUGGGACAAUUGCAGGCUUUGAGCCAAGAUCCAGUUGUAAGAAAUGCAGUACAACAACUAUGUUCGGGGAUACCAGCAAAUAGUAAUGGUCCGAUGGUCUCCCCUUUACUUCCCAAUAGUAUGUUACAACUUUUUCAAUCAAUCGCUAGCCAAAUGUCGUCUCAAGGAGAAGGUAGGUCGAAUGACAGACCAAGUUCAAACACGGAUUCCCAUCCACCUGCUAUAUAAAAGCCGAUUGCAGAUAGAAGAAUGUGGAUGACGUGUUGGAAUACGGAUUGCCCAGGUUAUAUUAUUAAUAUGAUAUGGUUGAAUAUGAUAUGGUGAAUUUAUGUCGUAUUAAAAAUUUAAAAUUAAAAAAAAAA